UACGCGCACGUGUUCCACCAAAACACGAUACAUCGCGAUGUUUCGAAAAUGACGUGUAAAUCUACCAUUGUUACGUGUCUAUUUCGUAAUAAAUCAAAUAUAUUGAAAGCAGCACGUCACAGUGGCGAUAGUGACGUCACAAAUACUUGGAACACGGAACAACCCCGAAGGCGGUUCGCGAUUUAUAAAAGAUUCCGCGAUUCGAGAUCUUCGAGAAAAAUGUCGACAAUCGUUUGUUUCGCUGUGAUCGCGAUCGCUGUCGUCGCUGAAGGUUUAGAAUGUUGGACAUGCAUCAGUAAUCGCGGGAUCGAGCAUUGUGACGUCACAGGGUAUUAUCAAACGUGUCGUCAUGGAGAGGAUUCAUGCGAAACAAUGGUUUGGAGAAGCGGGAGUAACUAUCACGUCAUAAAGCAAUGCAAACAACGACUCGCGUGCGCGAACAAUCAACUGCAGAACACGAAGUCGUCCGGCGUAUCCACACAAUGCAACAACGACCAACCAAACUCGAUGUGUACGUGUUGUUGUCAUGACGACCGAUGCAAUGUUGGUGACGUCACAUGCACGCAAGACCAAACGUGCCCACCCCAAAACCAGAUGCCCCACGGACACAUAACGUGCACGGACAGGAACCAACCGGGCUCACAUUGCACGUUCGAAUGUACGGACCAUGAAUAUGAUGUCUAUCCUGCGGGGAAAAAUAGAAAUCAUUGUCUUUCUAACGGGAGUUGGAGUGAAUCGCCACCGUGUUGCGCUAGGCCAUGCCCCCCGUACUUCUUAGCGGACAUCGUAACUUUGUAUCACUCGUCAAACAUCCAUGCGUACGAGCAUAUGGUUAGGAUUGCCUUCUUAUCGGCUGAACAAACAGCCAUAGCUGGGGAUGCAGUUAAGUACGCGGGUCUGUACUACAGUGGGGAAGUCAACAUGGAAUCCAUCGUCCACUUUAAUGAGUACAAUGAUGAUAAACUUACCAUGCAAGGGUUGUUCAUGCAGCGAGUGAUUAUGAACAACACAGCUGACCGAAAGGUAAACACUGGAGCGGCGAUGGAAUUCGCGCGAACUCACAUGUUCAACCAGAGUAAUGGUGUACGUGGUGAAGUUCCCCGUAUAUUGAUGGUGAUCACGGACGAAAAUUCUACGGAUGAUGUUUUGGAGCCGGCCGAGAAACUGCGUGCUGAAGGGGUGUUGACAUACGCGAUAGGACUUGCAGAAGAUGGAAAAAUAUUGGACCGCGAUCAAUUAAUGCAAAUAGCUGGCGAGGACGACCAUUUGUUCAACCCCGACCACGAUAUCUCCCAAGUUGGGGUCGGGUUGAUAAACGAGUUCACCGUCCACAUUUGUGCCGAUCCUUGUGUGCAUGCAUUGCAUAAUCAUGAACAUUUUGCCCGGUGAUUCGGCAAUUUCCAAUUUUGUUGAGUCAUCUUACAUCACAAUUGUGAUUCGGCAAAUAUUUCCAUUUUUGUUAAGUCAUCAUUUGUAAUUAUUACAUCACAAUUGUUCGAUUGUUAAAAUUGUCAUUGUUUAUUUACAUUGUCAUGGUUGACCUGCAAGUAAUAGAAAUAACAUUAAUAAAUUACUAAUUUUAUAA